AAAGUUUAAAAUAGUUAUUAACAUAUUUUGAGAUUAGGGAAAAACACUAAUUCUAAUUUUAAAAAAAUUUAAGAAAAAAUUAGUUUGAUAUUUUUUUAGAGGAGAUUUUGCUUUUAUUAGGAAGAAAAGAAAUUCAAAACUUUAGCAAGUGUAUGAAAAAAAAAAAGUAAUUCAUCAAUAAGCUCCAUUGUCCCACACUUUUCUUUUUAGCUUUCGUACAAGGUUGAUUUCCAAAAAUCACUUGUACAACUUAUACGAACAUAACCAAUAUUGCCAUAAAUACACAAAAGUCCACUCAGUACCAAGAGAAGAACAAACACACACUGCUGGGGCUUAAAAAAUCCAAUUCAACCAACCAACCAAACUAAACUUAAAACAGAAACCUCUGUGUCCUAAUUGCCAGUCACGUGUGGUCUGCACCAACAAUGGCAGUAUUAAUACUGUAUCAUCGCACUUUUAUAAGCCUCUGUCAUGCCCACGUUCCAGUUUCUCGAAUACAAGACAAUCCAAUAAACUAAAAAUAUAUCAUAUUUAUUACUUAUUUAAGGUACACUUAAGAGCUUGGAAGUUGAAAAUGUUGUCUUUUUAAUGAGCUUUUUGUUGGGUUGUUUCUUGGUUUUGUGGCGGUGGUGUUAAUGGAUGGUUUUUCGAAUUCUUGUUCUUCGUCUUGUUUAUCUGCUGUGUGUCCCAAGUCACCACCUGGGGGUUUGGAUUUGUUUGGGAAGAGACGGCAGUUGGUUAAAGUGCAAAUUUUGGAACGGGAGAUUGGUUUGCUUCAGGAAGAGUUAAAAUCCGUGGAAGGCCUUCAACCUGCUUCUAGAAGUUGCAAAGAGCUCAAUGACUUUGUAGGGGCUAAACCAGAUCCUCUUGUAUCAAUCGGAAACGAGGAGGCGCAUAAAUCCCACCUCUGCUGGAAGAAGCUCUGCUGCUCGGAGAAACCAUCGUGUACCGGACUUUCAUGGCCGACAUGUCGCUGCUGUUUGAAUUCAUCUCUAUGUAGCUGUAAGAAACUGAAUCAUUGUUGCAGUUGCUCAAAUACCUGUUGUUGUCUAUAAUCUGUAUCUUUCGUAACUUCGUUAGUCUUCUAAUUCAAUAAAUUUUACUGGUAAAUAAGACAAAUAUGGUUCUUUUUAUAACUUGCAUCUUACUUAUAAGUUAUAAAUUCCUCACAUACUGUGUUAGAAUCCCUCUACUUCAUGGCCA